UCUGCAGCGAGCGCUGCAGCCACAAGCCGGGGCUCCUCCGCCGCCGCCGCCGCCGCCGCCGCCACAGCAGCAGCCACUUAGCCUAAGCCGCCUCGCGCUCCUGCCUUCCGUCCGCGCUCCGAAGAAGCCGCGGUAGCUAUUGGCCGAAGCCGGGCCACAGCGACCCCCGCUGGGCCCGGACAGCAGUGACCAAAAGUAAGCCGAGACCCCCGGCUGCCGCUCCAAGGUUGGGAACCUUGGACAGCGACCCUCAGAAGUCUCAACCUAGGGCCCAGGUGCGGGCCACGUGGCCCUCCGCGGGGCCAAAGCAGCCAUGGCCAAGCAGCCCCCUAAGGCGCACGGUUUGCAAACCGAGGACUCUCUCAUCGAAGGAGUCAGUGACCAGGUGCUCGUGGCCGUACUGCUUGGUUUUGCUUUCCUGGCUGUCGUGGGUUAUGCCCUUCUAAGAAAUGCCCAGCAGCACAUCCACCCCAACAACCGGGAGCUAGUCAGGGUGCUGAGAGAACAACUCCACAGGGAGCAAGAUCCUCCGGCCCCUCGACCUCAGUUCUACACGGACCUGUCCUGCCCCAUCUGUUUACAUCAUGCCUCUCUUCCCAUCGAAACCAACUGUGGCCACCUCUUCUGCGGCAACUGCCUUAUUGCUUACUGGCGUUAUGGUUCGUGGCUCGGGAUGGUCAGUUGUCCCAUCUGUCGACAAACUGUGACUUUGCUAUUUCCUGUGUUUGCUGAAGAUGUCCAUUCUGUCGAUGCCCGGCGUUUACAUCAAGAUAUUCAUGACUACAACCGACGGUUCUCGGGACAGCCCCGGUCUGUUAUGGACAGACUUUUGGAUCUCCCCACUCUGCUAAGGCAUGCAUUCCGGGAACUGUUUUCGGUGGGCGGACUUUUCUGGAUGUUUCGCAUCAGGAUUGUCCUGUGUUUAGUGGGAGCCUUUUUCUACCUGAUAUCACCUUUGGAUUUGGUUCCCGAAGGCUUGUUUGGGAUUCUGGGGUUUCUGGACGAUUUCUUUGUCAUCUUUCUCUUGCUUAUUUACAUCUCUAUCAUGUAUAGGGAGGUAAUAACACAAAGGUUGAACAGAUGAAAUAAAGGUUGGAGGAGGAGGUUGUUUGUUGUUGUCAUAUGUGUCCUUAGAAAGAACCACUUGAAUAUCAUUUAAAAGGUUCACAAUACUAAUGUUAUUAGCUGGUGUUUGUAUAGAUGUUGAAUGUUUGCAAAGUGCUUUGUAAAUGUUAUCUCAUUUGAUCCUCACGAGCAGCUUGGGAAAUAGGUGCUAUUGUUAUUGCCCCCUUUUACUGAUGAGAAAAUUGAGGUAGGCAGAGGUGAAGUGACUAGCUGGAAGUCACAGAUAGGAAGUGUCUGAGGCCAGAUUUGAAUUUAGGACUUCGUGACUCCAGGUCUGGUGCUCACCAUAUUAAUUAAUGAUAGCUAUAUUGCUUUAAGGUUUGCAAAGUGCUUUAUAUAUCAUAUAUUUUGACCCUCACAACAACCCUGGAAAGUCGGUGCUAUCAUAAUCUCCAUUUUGCAAAGAACAAACAGAGAACGACUAAAGGACUUACCUGGAAUUACAGAGCUAGGAAGAGUCAGCAAUUGGAUUUGAAAUCAGGUUUUCCUGACUCCAAGUUUAGCACUCUAUCCACUAUGCUACCAAAUUGGAUAAACAUCCAGUAAAACAUAAUGGCAAUGACAUUUAACACGUUGAUGGAUCCAAUACUAAUGUUAGAUUAAUAACUACAGCUAGGUGCAUUUGUUCACUGGUUACAAGAUAGGCUUCUUUGAAAUUAAUUUUAAAGAAAAAGGGAUGUUUUGGUGGUAUCUUGACUUUACCUAGCCCCCAAACUACUCCAAUUAGCAAGACUUUAGGAUUAUGAGAGGCAGGAGGGGACUUGAAAGGUCAUCUAGUCCCAAUGACUCAUUUGACAGAUGUAGAAACAGACCAUGAGAGGAGACUUGCUCAAGGUCAUACAGAUAGGAGGUGGCAGAGCCUGGGCUCAAAUACAAAUCCAGUGUGACUCCAAAUACAACAUGAUUCCACUGCAAGAUUGUAUCAGUUAUCCACUACUUAUUGUAUUUAUGUCUCUUCAAUGGAAACCUAUGU